AUGUUAUUGCGGAAAUUGAACAUACAACCUUUAAUAUGUAAAGUAAGUAUCUUCUAAAUGUUUUACAUUAUAACUUAGAGGUUAUCUUCAUCUACGAGAAUUCGAAACAUUGGAAUUGUGGCUCAUAUUGAUGCCGGUAAAACGACGGUAACUGAACGUAUACUGUAUCUUUGUGGAACUACAAGAUCUGUCGGAGAUGUUGACAAGGGAAACACCGUCACUGAUUUUAUGGACUUGGAGAGAGAAAGAGGUAUAGUGUCUAUGUUAUUUGUGUUUUUAUGUUUUAGAUAUUAUAAGACUAUAUUUUCUUUGUUGUCUGAGUCUUAUAUUUAGGUAUUACCAUUCAAUCAGCGGCAGUGACAACUUUUCACAAAGACCAUAGAAUAAAUUUGAUAGACACUCCUGGACACGUUGAUUUUACAUUUGAAGUAGAGAGGAGUGUUCGUGUCCUAGAUGGAGUUGUUGUUGUUCUUGAUGGAUCUGCUGGUGUUCAAGCACAAACGCUAACAGUAUGGAAACAAGCAUCGAAGAAUAAACUACCAAGUUGCUUUUUUGUAAACAAAAUGGACAAACCUAAUGCUGAUUACGAGAUGACAAUCGACUCUAUUCAGCAGAAACUUGGUUUUGCAGGUAGGUUAUUUACGUAGGGUUUCCUCAUAUUGUAAAUUGAUAAGUUAAUACUGUCUAAUUUCUUAAUACUGACUAAUUGUCUAAUACAGUUUGAAUUAUAUGUAAAUUUUAGUUGCUCCGAUUGUGAAACCUGUUGUUAAGGAUGAAAAGCUACUCGGAUUUGUUGACAUUUUGAAUUCUUCGGUUUUAAAAAUGGAUACAGAUGAAUGGACACCAAUUCAGGUAGCAUUUUAUAAUUUUAUUGCAGUUUAGGUAUAUUACAAAAACAUUUUGAAUGCUUUUGAAUUUUUUAAGGACAAAUCUUUCGAAUCUGAUGUUGUUCAUGAGUCAAAACAAGAGUUGUACGAGAUUAUAGCUGAAAACGAUGAUUUCUUUGCGAACGAAUUCUUGUCAACGGAAAACUGUGAUAACAUAUCAAUCGAAAAUGUGAUUACAUCACUUAGAAGAUGUACAUUAUCGAACAAGAUAGGCACGCUAGCAAGUGGUACGGCUUUGAGGAAGACUCAUUCAGUGGUACCUCUACUGGACAUGAUCAACAACUACUUACCUUCACCUGUUGAUACGAACAUUGAUAUACCUGAAGAAAUAAUCACUUGUGGAAUGGUCUUUAAAGUAAGUUUUUGUGUUAGGUCGUUUUAAUAUUUUUUUAAUUUUGUUUAAAUUCAGUAAAGUUUUAUUAAAAGUUUAUAUUGUUUUAGGUAGGGCACGACAAAAGAAAGGGACAGCUGAACUUUGUGAGAGUGUAUAAAGGAGAAUUACUGCCAAAUCAUGCAAUUACUUUGAACAACACGGCCAAGGGAAUGGUAUCAUCUCACACGACGCAGCUCUUCACACCGUACAGUGACGAUUUACAAGCUAUAGACAAGGUAGAAACAGGAAAUAUAGCUGUUGUCACUGGACUGACUGGAUCAGUCACUGGAGAUACUAUCACUGUAGCAAAGAAUCAGAAGGAUGCUUUCAUUCUUCAUGGCAUCGAGUAUCCAGAACCAGUAUUCUUCUGCUCUAUUGAACCUCCAAACAUUGGCCAAGCCUUGCAGAUGGAGAGGGCUUUGGAAGAGCUUUGUAUCGAGGAUCCAUCGUUCAGGAUGAGGACUGAUGCUGAAUCUGGUCAAAUGAUUUUGGAAAGUAUGGGAGAACUCCAUAUUGAGGUUAUGAAGCACCGGCUGAAGAAAGAGUACGGGUUAGAUGUGUUCAUGGGACAAAUGAGGGUAGGUUUUCUGUUUUGUGCUUUUAUAUACUUUACCCAUAAUUUACUAUAAAAGUAUUUGCGGUAUUAGUAUCAUUAACAGUAUAACUUUAAAAUUUUAAAUUAUUUUUGUAGGUCAACUUCAAAGAAAUCCCUCAAGGCCGUAGUGUAGUCACAACGACGGUGCAAGACACAUUCGACCAGAAGCGGCCUCAGUGGUGCACACUGAAAAUAGAAUUAGAGCUGGCUCCGUUGUCUACUUCGUUUAAACGAGUAAGUUUGAUUUACCAUUAGCCAAUCUUCAAACAAGUUUAUUAUUUGGUGUAUCUUAUGUAGUGUAAUUUAUGAAUAUUUUGUAAAAUGUUACUUUAAUUCUAGGCUGAAAUUGACUUGGAGGAUUCAGAUGCACCGUUUAUCAAACGAGAAUGGCAGAACGCUAUCACAGAAGGUUGUAAGAAUGCACUCUUUAAUGGACCUGUUAUGGGAUAUCCUGUACAUGGCGUGGAAAUCAAAGUCAAGUAAGCAGUUGUAAUUUUACGUGUAGCACAUCUAUGUUUGAUUUAAAAAAACGUUUUUAGACGACUGGACAUAAGUGGAGGUCGUAUCAACUCGGCAUUACUCAGCGCUUGUGCAAGCGAUGCUGUGACCGAGGCCCUAAAGGAGAGUGGUACCUAUUUGGCUGAACCAGUUAUGGAUAUUGAAGUAGACGUUAUCGGCCAGAAAGACGGGGUCAUCUCUGUCAUUGCUAAUGAACUGACACGGAGAAGAGCUGACAUUCAAGACACCACCAACAAUAAGGUCAAGGCCAAACUGCCGUUAAGUGAGGCCGAUGGGUUGGCCAAGAGCUUGAGAUCAGUGACCUCGGGACUCUCGACCUUCCACAUGAAGUUCGGCGAGUACCAACAAGUGGGAUCUGAGAAAGUGUCAUCCAUGAGACUGCAGAGCUUUUAG